UCCCUGGCACAUGCAGAGAGCACAUGCAGUAGGGCUUUACUGAACUCACACCACGGUCGAAUAAGCGCGUCCGGCUCACCGUGCCAUUACAUACCCACCAAUGAGAAUGCACGAAAGAAUGAAGGCGGGAGACAGGCAGGGGAGUUCAUGGGAUACCUAAAGUGAAUGCGUCAACCCGCUGUCAAAGAGAUAACAGAACUUGAAGGGGUACUGAAGCCAGUCCCAUUUCAGUCACCUGCAAAACAGUGGUCAGUGAGUGUGGUGUUGCUCCUCUGUGUGUAGUUUGACACUUCAGCCUCCGAAGACCGGGUUCUUUCGACAUAGAACAUCACCUCAACUCAAACCCUCCAGAAUUUCAGAGUUGACAAAGAUCUGACGCGGCACAGGUGGCUUCCGCGGUGUAGCGUUGCUGCACACCUGAGACAGCACUUGGACCUCACCGUUUCAGCGAUUCAGGAAGACGUUUUUUUUUUUAUCCGGCGCGCCUAACUCAUGCACUGUGCUCAAAGCUGUUUCAUUCUUUUUGGAAAGGCGUUUCAUGCAGUGCCAUUUAAUGACACUCAUCUGUUUCAAGUAAACUUCAUUGUAUGCCUUUUGCGACAAAUAGACUUUUAUUCUGAAAUCAGCAACUGUCUAAAGAACAUUACAUCCCAGACAUAAACAUGGAUAACAGCCCUGGAAGUGUUAUCCUUUACGCUGGCUCCUCUGGCAGUGCCAGCCCCAGCCCUGGCAGCCCCUCCAGCGGGUACCAGAGCCAGUCCCCCCUGUCCCACUCCCAGCCCUCGUCCCCAGAGGAGGUCACCUUCACUGAGAUCGGGGCCUUAAAGCGGGGGAUGACUGGAGGCCGUCCACUCUCUCCCAAGUUGGUCUUCCAGUUCCCAGAUAUCUACAGCAGUGCUCCCACCUCUGCCCCUGCUCAGCACACCUACUCCCACCCCAUCGCGAGCAAGAGGCAAUGCACCUUCACCGGGACUUUCACCAAGGCCGGAGGAAUGGUGCUGCUCUGUAAAGUGUGCGGUGACAUCGCCUCAGGGUUCCACUAUGGAGUGCACGCCUGCGAGGGCUGCAAGGGUUUUUUCCGUCGCAGCAUUCAGCAGAACAUUAACUACAAGAUGUGCGUGAAGAACGAGAGCUGCCUGAUCAUGCGUAUGAACCGUAACCGGUGUCAGCACUGCCGCUUCAAGAAAUGCCUGGGAGUCGGCAUGUCUCGAGAUGCUGUUCGUUUUGGGCGCAUCCCAAAGAGAGAGAAGCAGAGGCUGUUGGACGAGAUGCAGAGCUACAUGAACAGCCUGAAUGAGUCGGCCUCCCUGGAGGUGGAGCCCCCUUCAGCGCAGGAGGUGCCACUGAGCCCCGUGGAGACCGACUCCAAGGAGGCCAUAGGAGCCAUCUCCCGCGCCUACCAGGACAUCUUCGUAAGCACGCAGGACCGGUUGAACAAGCGAGUGAAACUGGACCCCGACUCCCCGUCCUACUUCCAGAACAACCCACAACCUCAGGAUGCCAACCACCACGGCCAUGCCAACAUGCCAACAUUCCACUCCACUGCCUCAGUAGGCUACGCGGUCCCGGCUGCCCGCUGUCCGGUGGCUUCAAGUGACAAAAACUGCCCUGUCUCCUCCAUGGACAACAGUCGUUACAGCUACCCAGCUCUAUCCAGUCAGAAUCACUGUACAUCCACUGUGGACCCACACAAACACGCCAGUCCAGCCAAUCCUCACCAUUAUAACCACUCCACGGCACAGUCCCAAGGGCAGGGUAACACUUGCCCGUGGAAGUUACCCGCUGGCUCUAAAGUGCUGGCCUGUCCUCUGAACGCAUGCCCAGUGUCCGCUCCAGGCACGUCUAGUCAAGAGGUGUGGGAGUCCUUCUCACAGUGCUUCACUCCAGCGGUACGUGAGGUGGUGGAGUUCGCCAAGGGGAUCCCGGGCUUCCAGGACCUCUGUCAACACGACCAGGUCAUGCUGCUCAAGGCAGGCACCUUCCAGGUGCUUAUGGUGAGGUUCUGCUCCCUGUUCAACCCUAAGGACAGGACCGUGACCUUCCUGAAUGGGAAGACAUACUCGUUGGCCACGGUGCGGGCACUUGGCAUGGGCCCCCUUCUUGACACCAUGUUCGAUUUCAGCGAGAAGCUGGGAGCUCUGGGCCUCGAGGCAGAUGAGAUGGCUCUCUUCAUGGCUGUGGUGCUAGUCUCAGCAGACCGUACAGGCAUCCAGGACGUCAGUGCUCUGGAGCAGCUUCAGGAGGGUCUCAUUCGGGCGCUGCGGACCCUGGUGACACGCCGUCGCCCUGACGAUAGCGCAGUCUUCCCCAAGCUGCUGUUGCGCCUGCCCGACCUGCGCACUCUCAAUAACCUGCACUCCGACAAACUGCUGGCCUUCCGCAUAGACCCAUGAACCUUCUCAGGGGCAGAGAACAAGCUGUUUUGGGCAGCUUAGCACUUCUCCAGGGGCUGGUCCUCCCUGGUGCAAAUGGAGAACUUGUUAUUGUUUUCCUUGAAGAUGGGGCAGCAAGACUGUUUGUGUACCUCUAACCACAUGUCUGAGAAAUAAGGUGAUCCAUGUCAACAAAGACGGAAGAAACGAAAAACAAUGACUGUAUUGUUGUCUCAGCUGGUUGAAGACACACGUGUAGUUCACACAAAGAGACAUCUUAACCCUUGGAGGCAUUGCCCUUAUUCAAACAGACUCAAACAAACAAAUCACCUCAAGCUCUUUAAGGGGUUGGUGUUGUAAAAAAAAAAAAAAAAGGAUGGAUGGAUGGAUGAACAUUUCCCUUCCGCUUAUUGCUAUCACUCCUCAGAUCUCAGAAGUCUUCUCGAAUCCUCUACUGACAAUUUGGAGAGGGUACCAUACUCUCUCCAAGAGACUGUUCAAAGACCAAAAAGGUGAACGCGGUCAUCAUCCUUUCCAGCGUAUUCCUAAUACCACAUGUCCACCAAAUGCACCUGCUAACACUUUCUGUAGGAAAAGAGCACUUUCAUGAAACUGUUUUAGGGACCAUUUAUGAUGCGUGUGUGUUUGUGCUGAUAUUUUAAGAGAAAGGGAACCUUGUACAUAAGAGACAUAAAAAGUUAUAAGAUACACUAUGAUCACAUUACACCCAGUACCAUUCUCCUGUGUCAUACAUUAUCACCUCUGUGUAAAUGAAAGAAAUGUCACACUUUCACAAAGACUGAAGAACACAAAUGGAAAAUGUUUUAGAGCUGGUGAUGCUGGGGAUGAAGUGUGGCAAAGUGUUUCAUGUGUUCACCUGAGACUCGGUUCAUAAUACAUAUAUUUCUCCUUACCACUCCUGUAAAUGCAUCUGGCCCUUUAAAGAGCAAACCAGCAAACAUUUUAUCUGUCUUGUGCAUGUUAAAUUUUAGAGAAUAUUUUUUGGUGAGGAAAAAUAUCAUUUAACUUUAGGUGUUUCAACCUUUUAAAUCUAAACAAAUGACAUGUUCCUUUCGGAGUAAUGGUUGUGGGCGAGGCAGAGAUUGGAACAUAAGUUUAUUUGUCAUAUUUAAUAAACAAAAGUUUCGAGCACACCUGCUUUAAACCAAAGUUCUUCAUGAUUAUCUAUGCUUUAUACAGUACCUUAUUCUUUGUAAAUAUUAAUAUUUUAGUACGAUAUGCAGUAUUUACACACUGUUUAUAAACACAUAAUCAACACUAUGUUGUAUCCCAUUUUUAAUGGAAAGUCUUAAUGAAAUGGUGGGAUGAUUGUUGAUCUUCACAUACAAUUCAUAUCACGACUUUAACUGACUGAACCAUUUCCAUUUUCUUUAAAGUUAAAUAGAAAUGCAGAUCACUCCUUAUUAUGUGGUUAUAGUCAAACAUUGGUAACUCUUCUAUUAUCUUGUAGGUCUUCCUUAAGUGAAUAGGUCAAUAUUCUUUACUUACAACUUAUUUUUAGUCAGCAAUUGCGUUGACAUUAGAGAUUGUUUUAACAAUCCAAACAUAAUAUGUUCACACUUACCAUCUUGACACUCCAAAUACUGAACUAUGCAAACAUUUUCUUUUUUUUUUCUAGUGAACAUGAAAAAUGUGGUAGCACACAGACUAAGAAACGAAAGGGUUACCAAAGGUGCUUUUACACAGAUGUAUAGAGUAUAAGGCAUAGAAAACCAUGAAAAACAUGUUGUCAAGCAGAGUGCUCAAGCUUUUUGUCCAAUAGGCUGUUGAAUGUGCAAUGAUUCUUCUUGUGAGAAGGAAACCUUUCACAUCAUCAGAUGACAAGGUUCACCACCUUCAGAACACACAGGAACACCAGCACUUUCUUUGCCCCCCUCUGUGAUACUGAACUAUAUGAAAUAAAGUGGGGGACUGUAAAGAAGGAGAGAGAAUGAUCAAAUCGAACCUGAUCCGUCGUGACCAGCUUUCUCGCUGUUUUGAUUAUUGUUAUGUGAUCCUAUUGUACAUUUUGUAAAUUGUUGACCUUCCAUAGAAACCAUAUAAAGAUGAAAUUCUAUCUUC